UACAUCUCCAGUGAAUCUUCUUAGAUUCCCCCGUUGGACUGAGAUCCAGAGGAAAGCAAGCAAUACAGAAAGCUGUGGAAACUGGAUACGUGGUGCGGUGGUUGUCUUCCAGGAAGUCCAUUGUGGUUCAUAUAACAUCCCAUAUGGCGGGUCAAACACCAUCUGUAUUUUGCUGAGUUCAAGGUUGCUGGCUUGCCUUCCCAAAGGCAGAAGGAUCUUCAUAUUCGGAUGAGCAAAAUGGAUCGUCGUCGUCGUCUGAAGGAUCUUCAUCAUCGGGUGAACAAAAUGGAUCUUCAUCAUCGGGUGAACAAAAUGGAUCUUCAUCCUCCAAUUAGAAAAUACAUGGGUUUGUUGAGCAAAUAUGUCAAAGAAUCUGUAAAUAAAGUUACAAAAGGACAGUACGACGGAAACUUCGGUGAAGGCAAUUCAACUCAGCACGCUAAGUCAUAUGGUUUGCAUGCCAGUGACAAUGACGACAUAGAUCGUGCUAUUGCAUUGUCCUUAUCAGAGGAAGCUCGAAAGAAGGGGAAAGCUAUUGACAAUGAUGAUCAUUUAGGGGAAGAGGAAGAGCUUGCACGUGCUCUGCAAGAAAGUCUGAAGGAUGAACAUCCUCGUUGUCAAAAUGGUCUGGUGGGGGAUGUUCACUCAGAUAGUACUCCAGCAACUAGCUUACUGCCACGUAUUUUGCCCUCGAGUGGAGUGAGGGUUUGUGCUGGAUGUAAAACUCCACUUGGGCAUGGACAGUUUCUCAGUUGUAUGGAUUCUGUUUGGCACCCUCACUGCUUCAGGUGUUUAUCUUGCAGUAUGCCAAUAUCAGAGUGUGAGUUUGCAGUAGAUGAAGAUCAUCCAUACCACAGUUCCUGCUACAAGGAGCUCUUCCAUCCAAAAUGUGAUGUUUGCAAGACCUUUAUUCGAACAAAUAAAAAAGGUUUCAUUGAAUAUCGGGCCCAUCCUUUCUGGAUGCAGAAGUAUUGUCCUUCACACGACAAUGAUGGUACCCCUAGGUGCUGCAGUUGUGAACGAAUGGAGCCAAAGGAUAUCAAGUACAUCACAUUGGAUGAUGGCCGGAAACUCUGCUUGGAGUGUCUAUAUACUUCAAUAAUGGACACGGACGAGUGCCAACCAGUAUACAUUGAUAUCCAGGAAUUUUACGAGGGUUUGAACAUGAAAGUAGAACAACAAAUUCCCUUGCUUUUGGUUGAACGUCAAGCUUUAAAUGAAGCCAGGGAGGCAGAGAAAAUGGGGCAUCACCUUCCUGAAACCAGGGGUCUCUGCCUGUCAGAAGAGCAAAUUGUCAGAAUUAUAUUGAGGCGACCAGUAAUUGGACCAGGAAACAAAAUCAUAGACAUUUCUACAGGACCAUGCAAACUAGCUCGGCGGUGUGAAGUGACUGCAAUUCUUGUACUCUAUGCUUUGCCAAGACUGCUCACUGGCUAUAUACUAGCUCAUGAGAUGAUGCAUGCGUACCUUCGACUUAAAGGAUAUCGAAUCCUUAGUCCAGAGGUUGAAGAAGGCAUCUGUCAGGUUCUAGCUCAUCUCUGGCUUGAGUCUGAAAUCGUAUCAGGUUCAAGUAGUAGUAUUGCAACCACCUCUGCAGCAGUAGCAGUAGCAGCAGAAGCAGAAGCAACAGCAGCUCUAGCAGUGGAAGCAACAGCAGUGGAAGCAACAGAAACACCUUCGGAAUCCUCCUCAACGAAAAAGGGAGAAAAGACUGACUUUGAGAAAAAACUUGGAGAAUUCUUCAAGCACCAGAUUGAAUCAGAUCCCUCUGCAAUAUACGGAGAUGGGUUUCGAGCAGGCAUGAAGGCAGUUGAGAGCUAUGGCUUGAGAGGUACCCUUGAUCAUAUCAAGCGGACGGGUUUUUUUCCGCGUUGAGGCAGGGCUGCAUAUUCAAUGUGUGAUUGAGCAUGGGGCAUAUACUAUGAGGAUUUUUUGGGUUCAAAGUUUGGUGUACCAAAGUUAUAUACUACAUUGAAUGACCAACAGAAGACAGAAAAAAAAUGGGGAUUUAGACAUCAUACUAUAAAUUGCAGAGUCCUUUUUCGGUUGUGCUUUAGAUACAAAGUUGAUAGGGUGAUGGCAACCAUGAGAUGAUGAGUGAGUGGUCUGUUGGAUGUCCAGACACAUUUUAUGGUUGUGUGCGUUAUACUACAUAGCAUUGAUAUUUGGUAUGCAAAAUGGAAGUUGAAUA